GGCUUACCGCGAGAGGCCGGAGGGCAGGGAAGACAGCAGCCACUGGUCCAACCGGAGGCUCGGGAGGUGGUUACGGAGUGAAUCUUCUGGAAGGCGGCUUUAAAGGCGCCGGGCCGGAGCGAAGGGCGUUUUGGUGCUGCCGUCGCCCGAGUCUGGGAGUGUGUGUGUGGGGAGGGGGGCGGCGCAUUGGUGGCAGGAAGCGAGCUUCGCCGAGGUCGUCGCGGAACCAGCUGGUGACCCUGCAGGAUGAACCACAAGAGCAAGAAGCGGAUCCGCGAGGCCAAGCGGAGUGCGCGGCCGGAGCUGAAGGACUCGUUGGACUGGACCCGGCACAACUACUACGAGAGCUUCCCACUGAACCCGGCGGCUGUGGCGGACAAUGUGGAAAGGGCAGACGCUUUACAACUGUCGGUGGAAGAAUUUGUGGACCGAUAUGAAAGACCAUACAAGCCCGUGGUUCUGCUGAAUGCCCAAGAGGGCUGGUCUGCGCAGGAAAAGUGGACUCUGGAGCGCCUCAAAAGGAAAUACCGGAACCAGAAGUUCAAGUGUGGCGAGGACAACGACGGGUACUCGGUGAAGAUGAAGAUGAAAUACUACAUCGAGUACAUGGAGAGCACCCGCGAUGACAGCCCCCUUUACAUCUUUGACAGCAGCUACGGCGAACACCCCAAAAGAAGGAAACUUUUGGAAGACUACAAGGUGCCCAAGUUUUUCACCGAUGACCUUUUCCAGUACGCAGGGGAGAAGCGCAGGCCCCCUUACAGGUGGUUUGUGAUGGGGCCACCACGGUCCGGAACAGGAAUCCACAUCGACCCUCUGGGAACCAGUGCCUGGAAUGCCUUAGUUCAAGGCCACAAGCGCUGGUGCCUGUUCCCUACCAGCACACCUAGGGAGCUCAUCAAGGUGACUCGAGAAGAAGGAGGGAACCAGCAGGACGAAGCUAUCACCUGGUUUAACAUCAUCUAUCCCCGGACGCAGCUUCCAACCUGGCCACCCGAAUUCAAACCCCUGGAAAUCUUACAGAAACCAGGAGAGACUGUUUUUGUACCAGGAGGCUGGUGGCACGUUGUCCUCAAUCUUGACACCACCAUUGCCAUCACCCAGAACUUUGCCAGCAGUACCAACUUCCCUGUUGUCUGGCACAAGACGAUACAGCACGGGCAGCGGCAGUGCAAGCCACCCCCAGCCACCCCGUGCCACUGUGUCCCAACCCUGACCUGGAGGGACCAGCUCUCGGGGAUCUUGAAGCAGGAGCACCCAGAGUUGGCGGUCCUGGCUGACUCCGUUGACCUGCAGGAAUCCACAGGGAUCGCCUCCGACAGUUCCAGUGACUCCUCCAGCUCCUCCAGCUCCAGCUCGUCCGACUCAGACUCAGAGUGCGAGUCUGGCUCUGAAGGCGAAGGCACGAUGCACCGCAGGAAGAAGAGGCGGACGUGCAGCAUGGUGGGGAACGGGGACACCACCUCGCAGGAUGACUGCGUGAGCAAAGAGCGCAGCUCCUCCAGGAUUAGGGACACUUGUGGAGGCCGCGCUCACCCCUGAGCUGAAGCUCUCCCUGAGGGGGCUCCGUGGGAGCUGUUGGCAGCCACUCACCUGUCUUCCUGUCUUCUGCUCCUACCUUCUCCUUUGUCUUCUUUGAAUUUGGAUAAUCCUCUCUGGCCCAAGCUCAUGUCUCCGGUCAAAUGCUGUUUUUUCUCUGCUGACUGAGACUAGAUUGUCAAGAAGUUAGAAAAAUUCAGCACGCUCGGCGAAGCACCGAAGGCCGCUGUGACGUCAGGUGAGAAGGUUCUGUGCUGCUUUAAAACCGUGCUGGUCGACCAACUGCAAGCCUGGAGGGCUCUGGUCCUUUGAAUGUCUUGGCGCCUUGCUGGUAUUGGUGAGGGACCCCCGCCAUCCACACGUAGCCGGCUGCACGCAAGCAGAGAUGCCAAGAGUGGUGAGUGGACUCUGAGUCCCGUGUGAACCAGUUAUGGAAACGAAGGACCCGGAGAGCACCGCCUUCCUGUGGGCCAUUAUCUGUCCAGAAAUGCAGUUGGCAGGAGAAACCCGGCCGGGGGCCAGCGCCACUCAUUCACCCACUGCCUAGUGCGGUCUUAGCGUUCAUCACCUUUUCUCUGUGGUCAGAGAGGCUGUGAGAUUCCAAGGAUAUUUUCAUGUGGUGUGUUUUGUGGGGGAAGGAUGACACAUUGGGCUUGUUGGGUUGAUGAUCAGAGUGGAAAAGGUGUUCAAUGUGUUGUCAUCACAAAACUGAAGUUAUAAACGACCAGGUUCUUACAAAUUUGUUCCUGUCUUUCCCACCACGUGUGUGACCCCUGAGUCAGAAGUUUUUCGCUCUCCAAGAGGCUUCAUAAUUAACAGCCUCAUAUUUUGGACCUGGAGACAUUAGGUGGGCAGUCCUGUUAGCAGCCAGGAAUAAAUGCAGAGGUGGUGCCUCUGGUCUUUGGGAUCUGUUUAGGUUUCUAAAUAACUCUGGUUUAAAUAGUUAGAGGUUGACCAGCAGAUUCCAUCUCUUGCCCUCUCGAUUCACCUGCUUGCCUUCAUCUGUCUCCAAAUUCAACUAAAGUGUUAUAAAAAUAAGAGGAGGCUGUCAGGACACAUCCAGUGACAAUUUCCAGGUUGGACUGCGGGAGGGAAGGGCACCAGCAGGUGCAGGCAGAGGAGCCUCACCAGCGCCAGCAGGCACAGAGGAGUGGGCCAUCAACUGGAGUCCUACCCAUUGGCUCUCAGAAUCCUCCCUUAAAGUGGGUGUGAUCAGGGAAUCCUGUUUACUUGUCUACAGACCAGUCAUCCCUUCCUAACUCCCUGGGUUGGUCAUGUGGCUUUACUCUAGAAGGCUGGUCCCCUAUUUUGUCUUUGCCCAAAUUUCUGCAUUCUGAAAGGCCAACCAAAACUCAUGUGUGGAUUGGAUGGAACUUCUGCUCUUUUCCUAGUAUCAGUCUACCUACUACCAGUCUACCCGCCCCCCGCCCCCCAACACACACACACACACCCUCUGGCCCCCGGGUGUUGUCUGUGCCUGUGAGUGCUCGGUUACUGAGUGGUAUCUGACACUGUGACGCUAUGGACUGGAGCCCUCCAGGCUCCUCUCUCCGUGGGAUUUCCCAGGCGAGAAUACUGGAGUCGGGUACCAUUCCCUUCUCCAGGGGAUCUUCCCGACCCAGGGACUGAACCCGAGUUUUCUGCAUUGCAGGCAGAUUCUUUACCACUGAGCCACCAGGGAAGCUCGGGAAGUGUCUCUAGGUGUGAGGAGUCCAGACCCUGAAGGGAUCAUCCAGAGAUCGCAUUCAUAUCUGAACGGCGUUCCUCCUCCUUUUUAAAAAGCUUGUCUUGACAUCUUGAAAGUGCUUCUUUCUUCCCCCCAGGGUUGCUGCCGGGCUGUCACACUUCCUUUCCUCUCUAACCCAUACCAACUGCUUCUCCCUCAGCUUCAGUGGAAAGGAUCAAACCACCGGACAGGCCGCCUGCCGCCAGGGGGCGUGGUGGGCAUGGUGAAGUAGAAGUUAGGUUGGAGAGCCUAGCCACCCAGUUUUACUUCCCCAGAUGCCAAAGGUAAUUCCUGUUUGAUAAACAACAUCCAGAAAUAAGAGAUCCAGCCUGUGUGACAGGCCCUCAGUCCCCUCUCCUGAAAGUGCCUGGGUGGCACAGGUUACACCACUUGGUUCCCGCCACCCUGUGAAGGACUGUGGGACCCUCCUUCACUGUCUUAGCCGGGUGAGAUUCAGCAGCAGCCUUUUACUGUCACUGUGCCAGGCAAACACACCGCUGUGGGCGAAAAGUAGGAAAGAAAGCAGUGGAGUGUGGCCAGGUGGUCACUGUGAGGCAGGAAGUGGGGUCCAAGGGCCCAUCUGUUCUAAAACCAACCCUUCUACCCACCUGGCAUGAGCUGCUCCUUUGAGUGGUGUCAAGGACAGUAAGGAGAAAGAUAAAACAUUAAACUAUUUUUAGAGAUUAUUCUCUGAGAUGACAACUGAUGUUAAAACCAACAGCGGGGGGGUUGGCGGGGGGACGUCCCUGGUGGCCCAGUGGCUAUGACACUGGACUCCCAAUGCAGGGAGCCUGGGUUCAGUCCCUGGUCAGGGUAACUAGAUCCCGACAUACCGCCACUAAAGAUCAUGUUUACCCCAGGAAGAUCGAAGAUCCCACAUGCUGUAACUGAAACUCAGUGCAGCCAAAUAAAUAAACGUUAAAAACAGAAACCCAACAAACUGGGUCCUAGAAGAAAGGAUCUGGACUAAUAACUACUGAAGAGGAGGAUCGGGGUGCGUGAGACCAGAGUCGGGGACCUGAGACAUCUGGGUCUGUGGAGACGAGGGAGGUCACGAAAGGCUUUACCAUCAGCCCAAGGUCGCCAGUGUUGCACACUGGUAAGUGCCUCUGAGGUCUGUAGUGCCGUGAUGUUGAAGGUGACUCCUGUGAGGGGAGAGCCCAAAAACAGGAACAUCGUUCACAUUUUGCUCAGCUUGUAGAUGCCCAUUUGUUCAUUAUUAAAACAUUCAACAAACGUUGGAGCUCCAGGCUCUGUUCUAGGUGUUGGAGGCGCCACACGGACAAGCCCAGAUCCCUGACCUCCUAGAUCUUCACGGACUGUGAGGGUGCUGUUGUUCAUAAGGGCUACGAAUGGGUCAGGGCAGGGAGAACCGUACACGUCCAUCUACAUGAUCAGAAAAGCAAGUCUAACCCUAAGUACAAGUUAAUGAAAUCUUCAUAAAGGAACAUAAUUCUAAUUUUAGCUGUAUUUUUAACUGAGGACACAGCUUCUUUGUAAAUCAGCUAAAGGUAUUUAAGGAGCAGCACAAAAAUUGCUGGUACAAGUGCUUUACAAAUUUUUUAGAGAUUCUGCCUCUAUGUACUUUAAGAUGCUAGAUAAGAGUUGGAGUGGACAGGGAUUUUGUGGUAAACGUAAAAAGUACUGUUUAGGAAGUAGGCAUUUAAGCACGCAGCCAUAUAUUUCUUGAAUUGUAUGUAGCAUUUCCACAAAUAAGUAUUUUUGUCACUUGUACUGGGUCCUGCUGAUGGUUCCACGUGGAGUCUGGUUUCUUCUCACUCCUGCCUCCCUAGCUUCUGUCAUGAUGAUACAUCAAAACUGCAGGAGCCCUCCCAGGAUGGCUUUUAACUUUGUCUCAUCUGUAGUUCAAGUUCAAAAACUUUGAACACCUCACACCCAUCCUCUGUUCUGGGAGCAGGAGGACUGACCUCGCCUGCUCUCUCCACGGAGGCUGGACACUACAGAGGAACUGGGACCAUCUGCCGAGUACCUGGUGCCUCCUCAGUCAUUAAGGCAAGCACGCUGAGCGCCUGCUGUUUCUGCUUUAGUUUUUCUUGUGGGGACUGUCACCAAGUCCUGGGAGUGCUGGGGGACAGCCACCACUGGAUCGGCAUUUUUAACUUGGACCGCGGUGAAACUUGUUCAUCAUUUUAAAUAAAGCAACUUGA